GCCCCGCACCGCCCCGCAGCCCCUCCCCGGACCGCGGCACAGCCCGUGUAGAGCGGAGCGCUCCGGGGUCCGGCGGGGGCCCGCGCCGCCCGCGGAGGAUGAACGGAGGAUAAAUGGUGCCCCAGGCGGACAGCGGCGCCUUCGUGCUCCUCUUCCUGCUGGUGCUCACCGGCACCGAGCCGCUGCGCCCAGAAUUGCGGUGCAAUCCGGGCCAGUUUGCUUGUCGCAGUGGCGCCAUCCAGUGCAUCCCCCUCUCCUGGCAAUGUGACGGCAGGGGGGCCUGCGAAGAUGAGAGUGACGAGGUUGGCUGUCCAGAUGUGCCUGGGGACCAGCGUUCUUAUCAUGGAAAGGAGGCCAUGGAUUCCCGGCCCAGUCGUGGAAGAGGAGACACAACCCGCUUCCAUACGGUGAAUGUGGCCCAGCCUGUCCGCUUUAGCAGUUUCCUAGGAAAGUGCCCGACAGGCUGGCAUCAUUAUGAGGGCACGGCCAGCUGCUACAAGGUCUACCUGAAUGGGGAAAACUACUGGGACGCCGUGCAGACCUGCCAACGGGUCAAUGGCUCCUUAGUCGCCUUCACGACCUACCAGGAGCUGCGCUUCGUCCUGGCCCAGGAAUGGGACCUGCAGGAGAGGACCUUUGGCUGGAAGGACCAACGCAAGUUCUGGGUUGGCUAUCAGUAUGUCAUCACUGGUCGAAACCGUUCCCUCGAAGGUCGUUGGGAGGUGGCUCACAAAGGUCCCUCUGAGAUCUUUUUGCCACCAGACCCCAUUUUUGCCUCGGCUGUGCCUGAGAAUGACAACGUGCUCUGUGCCCAGCUCCAGUGCUUCCAUUUCCCCACCCUGCGGCACCAUGACUUGCAUAGCUGGUAUGCAGAGAACUGCUACGAGAAAUCUUCCUUCCUCUGCAAAAGAAACCAAACGUGUGUGGACAUCAAGGACAACAUCGUGGGCGAAGGCUAUCACUUCACGCCCAAAGGCAACGACCCCUGCCUGAGCUGCACCUGCCACAAUGGGGAGCCGGAGAUGUGCGUGGCUGCACUGUGCGAGGGGCCCCAGGGCUGCCAGCAAUAUGACAAGGACCCCAAGGAGUGCUGCAAGUUCAUGUGCUUGGAUCCAGACGGCAGCAGCUUGUUUGACUCCAUGGCGAGUGGGAUGCGCCUCAUUGUCAGCUGCAUCUCCUCCUUCCUCAUCCUGUCCUUGCUGCUCUUCAUGGUCCAUCGGCUGCGGCAGAGGCGCCGAGAGCGCAUUGAGUCGUUGAUCGGCGCAAACCUGCAUCAUUUUAACCUUGGACGGCGGAUCCCAGGCUUCGAUUAUGGCCCUGAUGGCUUCGGGACGGGCCUUACUCCGCUGCAUCUCUCUGAUGAUGGGGAAGGUGGAGCCUUUCAUUUCCACGACCCUCCCCCACCCUACACGGCUUACAAGUACCCAGACAUCCAGCACCCUGACGACCCGCCACCGCCCUAUGAAGCCUCUAUCGACCCCGCCACAGCGCUCUGCGCCACUCCAGAUGGUGUUUGUCCCCAGCCAGCUCAGGGCAGCCCGCCCUCCCUAGGAGACAGCGAUGCAUCUCCCCCCCUCCCCGAGGGGCCUCUCCCGCCCUCGGCGGGGCCCUCCGCAGCAGAGCUGGAUGACUCAGUAGAUAGCAGCACCCUCCUCGUACCUCCGGACACACCCCUGAGCGAGAGUGGGCCGGCAGAGACUCUUGGGGGCAGCCGCCCCAGCCUCUGCUCUCUCAACACCAUCGUAUAAAGGGGUGGCGAGCCGAUAGCCUGCCGGUCGGAAAUCAUCGGAGCAGCUGUUUGCACACCACUGGACAAAGAAACACGGCUCCAGGCGCCAGGCUCCGCAGGGAGCGCCCGCUCUGCCUUCUCUCUUCCAGGCUGGCAUCACCCCCCCAUUGUGCUGGGCUGGGUUCUGCCCUCACUGCAUUCACCAACUGGUUUAUUGUGUAUAUAGGAAGGGCAGCUGUGGUCAGGCUUCUUGUCUUUAGUCAUGGGGGAGGGCCUGGGUGACUCCCUGGGGUAGAGAUCGGGCUGCGGCCAGGGCCGCGAGGGCCGGCGUCUCCCUGGAUGGCCGGCUCCAGUGUAGCACUUGCAGGUGUCCACAGGACAGCCGCAGGUAGGGCUGACUGGGGGGACGUGCUACUCACACACGAGCUUAGGACCAGGGAGGCCCUGGUGGCGAGUGUGCCGGCGGCCAGCGCUGCAGCUCCGUCUCGAGAUGGCAGAGAACUAGAGGGAAGGGGUCUGCAGAAGGUUUGGCCUUUUAGGCCUUGGACGCAGGGGGUACUUGGAGAUCCUCGGGCUUCAGGCUGUGGGCUGAGCAAGCACGGCCGAGUGGAGCAGGCCUGUGUCAUCUGAGGAGCCCCACUGGCAAGGGACCUCUGUGCAGAGUGAGGAGGGGGCUGGCCGCUGGCAACCGUCCUGUGGCUCCUCUGUUAGGAUGAAUUCCUGCAUUCAGACCUGCCUGGGUGAGAGCAGACAAGAAGAAGGGAAAUGGCACCUUGGGUGCUGGCCUUGCAAUGGGAUUGCUUCUCCACCGGGGUCUCAAACUGCAGACUGAUGGCCUCACCGGGAGACGGUGUGGCCCAGGCCCAAGGAGGCUCUGUGGGUCAUCAUGCUCCUUGGGACCCACCCCUAACCUCCGGUGCCUCCUCUGGAAACUGGGGCCCCUUCUCCCAGGCUCAGUCCUCCCUGCCUGUGAGCCCCUGAGGAUCCCUCCGGGGGAGUGGCUGCCCUUUUUGAUGCCUCUGGAAGCAGAGGCUUUGGGGCAGUGGGCAGCAGGAGGGCUUUUCAGGGCAUUGGAGAGCACCCACCAAGAUGCGUGAUUGCUGCUGGUGUAGGCCUCAGUCUCCUGGGUGAGGGGGUGGUGGGGAUCUUGGCACACUCGGUGAUGGGGGCUCCCUCUCCACUGAAAACUAACAGCAUCUUAGGGAUGGGCCUCAGAUGGUAUUUCACUUAUACCUAGACCUCUCAGUAUUUCCCCAGGCUCUCAGCCUGAGGAGUGCGAUCACUGGUGUCUGUCCCCACCUGUCUCUCUCCCCUCCCCUGCAGUUCAGUUAGUGGUUUACCCUGGUAGGAAUUCUGGGGGGCAUUCGGGGGUAGCUGUACCAUGUGUUUGUCUCCUGCCAAGGUCGGGCUGAUGCCUCCCGGUGGGUGAAGGUGCCCCUGGGCUCAGCACGAGGGAGUGAAUGCCCGUGGUCAGUGGCUUAUGGUUGUUCAGCAGAGGCGAGAUACUUGUGGUUCUAUCUCCCAGCACCCCCGUCCCACCCUCCAAAAGGCCAAAGCUACCUGCCUUGGGGAGGAGAGGGCUGGAGGCUGGGCCCGCCUGAGCAGGGCAUGUCCAUUUUGGCCCGUUCCUCCUUCCUCAGCCAUGACCUGCACGGCGUGUCUUUGGUCCCGAGCACCCAGUGAAGGGAGUGGGGGAUUUCUCUACAUGGUGUGCUCCCGCUCAUGUUUCAGAGACUCGGACGGCCAGAGACGGUAGCCUGUGGACAGCAAGUGUUGCCCAAGUAGGAAUAAUAAAGCGGGUGUUGUGCACUUUUGAGCACAUCUAUACAUUUUCUAUACAUUGUAUGUACUGACCGUGUUUCCUUUAGUUUUAUUUGGGUGGUCGAGUGUGUGUGUGUGUGUGGGUGUGUGUGUGUGUGUGUGGGUGUGGGUGUUAUCACAGUAAGGUGGAUGCCCACCUGAGGAAGGAAGGGCUGGGAUGGUUCAGGUAGGAGUCCCCCGAGGAGGCUUGGAGCAAGUGCUGCUGGGUCAAACCAUACUGGGCAUUCAUUCAUUCAUUCGUUCAGCCAGCCAUGUUUCCUUGGGCUAGAACCAGCCACCUUGUGGGGGCAUCAUUCAGUCUCAGUUGAGUGAUUCAGAUCCUGGGUUGUCACCUCUCAGAGAAAGAGGGAGAGUCCCUGCAGCUCUUCUCUCUGGGUUCCUCAGUCACUUGUGGCUGUUUAUUUCUCCUGUCCUAGUGCAGAUGAGGCCCAGGACUUUUCUCCUGUGGGCAUGUGAACCUGUUUUUAGUCCUUUUUCUCCUUCUGUGCAAGGAGGGCUGGAUGCCACUGGGGCUCCUGCCCUAAGCAGACCUUGUUGACACUCCCCCCGCCCCGUGGCACUGGCUAGCUGAGGGGGGGAAGCCUCGGCCUCUUCUUUAGACCUGGGCAGGGCCGCUGGUAGCAUCACUCUUCCCUCUUGCCAAACGGUCGAUGUGGGAAGUGUUCAUAUUUUUUGUUUUUUAAAGAAUGAUGACAUCAUCUAUUUGCACAUUGAAUUCCCCAUUCUGGUUGUUCAUUAAAGUCACAAAAAGCUUUUGGUUGCUGUUUCUGGAAUAUUCUUUGAGGUCUGCUGGGGAAGAGUAGAAGGCUGUGUUUCAGAAUGGGGAAGUGCCCAUCGUCUCCUCACGUGCCUCUCCCUUGUAUUUUCACCGCGUCACCCGAACCCUUGGACGGAUGGGUUCUUUCUCAUUUUUAAACCAGUAAGACGCUAGAAGCACACUGAGCUAACCAAUCUCUAAGGCCCCUUCCAGAAUCAGUGCUGUGAUCCACAGCAACCAAAGGGGAAGGAAAGCCACUGGUCAGCUUGUUUGCUUUCAGCUCCUGACCACUGGGGAACCCCGAGCAGGGAAGCCAAGGUGGUCUUAUCUGAGGUGGCCUGAGGCUGGGCCUCCCUGAGAGAGGCCUGCCCCUGACUGGUUCCAGAGCGGUCCCCUUCGACCUGAGGGCCUGUAGGGAGAGCAGAGGCCAAGGUAAUUGUUCCUGAGAGCCAGGCAAGGUGCCGCUGUGGACCCAGGGCCGCAGCUGAGACACAUUUCUGCACGCUGGAGUAUUAUAGGUAGCAAACCUCCCUUGUAGCUUCCCUGAGCCUAGCUCAGCCCCUCCUUGGGUGGGUUGUAGUUUUUGGUAGAGACUUCUUCCUCCCUCCUCCUGACACAAUGCGGUGCCAUUUGAAAACACUGGAUCGACCCUUUCAGAAAUACUUAGUCAUGGGUGUCAUUUUUUCACUGGAUAGAAUGACUUCUUGCCAAUCAAUAGCUUAGUUCUGUAUCGGGUGACUUCAGCUCCUGAGGCCUGGGAGGGUAGAAUCAGCAUUGGAGGGCCCUCCCCCGCCCCCAACACACUUUCUAGCUACAGCCUGAGCCUGGAGGCCACGCAAAUGAGUGCCUUUCAUUCCAAGCUGAGGCCCAGGGCCUGGGUGCCCAGCCUGGCCCUGCCCUGCCCCAUUGUCUUGUAACCAUCUGCUUCCCUGAGCCACCCAGGGUCUGCAGCAGGAGAGUGUGUGGGUGAGCCUCUCACCAUAGUACUGCCUGUAGGGGUGUGGCUCUCCCUGGGGAAUCCCAGACUCCUAUGCAGGGUGGUGGCACAUCACCUCAGAACUGACUGAGCGGCUGUGUGGCUUCCUUCUGUGAACAUGGGACCCCACCCCCUUGGAGAGAGCCACUGGGGUCUUGGUCCCCAUCCUGCCUCCUUGCUUGCUCAGAGCGAGGACUAGAUUCUGCUCAGUGAGAUUCACAUGGGAGCUUCCACAUGGGUCAAGCCUGGGAGGCCCGUGUGCUUUCUGUCCACAGAAGAUGCUUCCACAUUCUUGGGGGUCGUCAGGAAGCAUGACUCAGUGCUGAGACUGGGGCAGAAUGUGCAUUGGCCCCCUUCUCACCCUGCUGAAAAUCGCCACCCUCUCCAAGGAUUUAGGCUCCAGACUUGACUGAGUACCUCACCAGGGGAGGGGGAGUUUGUAUGGUCCAAUAAGGGAGGGGAGGGUCUUUCCCUUUUCCUCACACUCCCUGCCCGAGAGGUGGAAUGCCCCACUUCCCACAUGCCAACAUGCCUCCCCCAUUCCCAGGGCCAGAUUCUGCCCUUGCUGGGGAGUCGGGAUGGAGAGUGAGGAGGCCACCCUCCCCUCAUGCCCUGACCCCUGUGGAGUUGGUGAUACUCUACAGCCUUGUAUGAGGGCUUCUGGUCUUCUCUGAAAGGAAGGACCGGCACUGGACACUGGGGACGUCCUGAAGACUUUCUUGCUUUCACAGAGGGGGUUUUAAUUGUUUGGACUGUUUGGGUUUUGUUGUCCAGUUGGCACUAAUCUUUUUGUCCUCAAGCUGCUGUGAGAACUGUGUCAUCUAAAUGCCAAAUAAAUUUGUGUUCUGGCCACAA